AAAUAUUUGAAUACUCUACUGGAGUAUAAGAACAUUGACAAACCAUUGCAAAUAAGGUGGCUUAAGGACAUGACAUGAGUGACUGUCAGAGUCUAUGUAGAUAAGGAUUCAUGGUUUUUAAAGAACUGAAUUAAUACAAUAUUGACCAUAAAUGUAGGAAGUAUUGAUAAUUGCUCUAUUAUUACAACAACAGUUGAAGCAAUGGACUUUCUAUAUAAAUACAAAGGACUCUAUUUCAUAACUGGCAUGUCCUCAACUGAAGAUUUAGAUUCACUGGACAGUUUUGAAAUCCGAGAUGAUGAUAUAUUCGUAAUCACAUAUCCUAAAUCUGGCACUGUGUGGACUCAGAAUAUUGUCAGCUUGAUUACUUAUGAAGGUCACCGAGAUGGAACUGAAAAUAUUACCCUAAUUGACCGAGCACCAUGGCUGGAGUAUAAUAUAUUCCAUGUAGAUUUACCUAAUCGCCCAUCACCUCGUGUCAUUUGUUCCCAUCUGCCCUACUAUUUGGUACCCAAAGGAUUACGAAAAAGAAGAGCAAAAAUUAUUUAUGUGCUUAGAAAUCCAAAGGAUGUCUUGGUUUCUAGCUACCAUUUUCACAAAAUAUCAGACAAAAUGGAAACCCCAAAAGACUUCGAUACAUUUUUUGAGAAGUUUUUGGCUGGCAAAGUGGUUUGUAGUUCAUGGCUAGACCAUAUAGAAGGCUGGUCUGCUCAUAAGGGUGAUUUCAAUAUUCUCUUCCUGUCUUAUGAAGAAAUGAAAAAGGAUUUGAGAAGUUCUGUACUGAAAAUAUGCAACUUCCUAGGAAGAGAAAUAACUGAAAAGGAGGUGGAUGAGGUGGUGUAUCAAGCGACAUUUGAUAACAUGAAGGUGGAUUCUAGAGUAAACUACACGUUAAUGCCUCCUGAGAUUGUAGAUUUCAGCAAAGGAAGCUUUCUUCGCAAAGGCACUGUUGGGGACUGGAAGAACCACAUGACUGUUGCCCAGAGUGAAAGGUUUGACCGUGUCUUUAAGGAGAGGAUGGAGAAGCUGCCCUUCAAGUUCUGCUGGGAUAUUCAGGAGGAUCCAGAGCCUAUUUCGAGCUCAGUAGAUGAAAAUAAUGUGUGAUAUAAACUUUCAAAUGUCUUGAAUCAGAGAUGACCUUCCAAGAAUGGUCUUUAUGUAAUCUUGUAAUUUUCAAUUCUGAACUCUGCAGGGACCAUAAGACAGAGUAACAUUAAAUACUUCAUUAUUUUUAAACAUUGUA